AUGAUUAAAUAAAAUUGCAACACUGAUUUAAUUUACAAGAAAAGUGCAGUUACCGUUUCAAAGACUGAAACUCUGUUCUUGCAUCUUUAGAGAAGAACGCUUAUAAAAUACGUAUAAUUUCAAAGAUAUAAAAGUUUUUAUUUUCAAAGAGAAAAUUUAAUUAUAUAUCUCAAAAUAGCAUAUAUCUCUCUCUCUCUUUAUGUAGUGUACAUUCAACUCUGCAAGUAACAAUGUCUCAUUCAAAGAGAACCAGAGUAGAAAAUGAUGAUUUACCAAACACGAAAAAACUAAAGCAAUCAGAUCAAAAUUCUCUGUUUGAUUUUCUACACAAAACUUUCGGUUGGGAAGAACCAGAGAAGAAUGUAGAUGUGAUUGAACAUUCAUCUACAGUAUCUUCUUCCAACACAGAAAAAGAUAUAAUUGAACAUGUACCCACAACACUUGGAUCAAUUUCUAAUAAAUUGUUAUCAAUUGAACAAAAGCUUUGUACUAAAUUACAAGAUGUAACUUUUCCAUCAACGGUACAAUAUAUUUACAAUCCACUUGAAUAUGCAUCUGAAACACAUGCCAUGUAUGUACAUAAGUACUGCACUGGCAAAAAGAAAAUUUUAUUUCUUGGUAUGAAUCCUGGACCUUGGGGUAUGUCGCAAACCGGUGUGCCAUUUGGAGAAAUCAGCAUGGUGCGCAAUUGGCUAAAAAUUGUUGGUCCUGUUGGAAAGCCGUCAAAAGAACAUCCUGAUAGAAAAGUUACAGGAUUUGAAUGUACACGUAGCGAGAUUAGUGGAUUAAGAUUGUGGGGUCUCUUUCGAGAUUUAUGUGAAAGUCCAGAAAACUUUUUUCGAUAUGCAUACAUGCACAAUUGUUGCCCAUUUGCAUUCAUGGAUACCAAAGCUCGAAAUAUCACACCAGCAGAAUUAAAGGGGGAAGGACAAAGAAUUUUACAUGAGGCCUGUGACAAAUCCUUGAUAGAUAUAAUAAAACUCUUGAAAGUGGAGAUUGUCGUUGGUAUUGGCAAUUAUGCUGAAAAAAGAGCACAGAUUGCAGUCCAGACAGGAGGUCUUUCAGGAAUACAGGUAAUGGUUCUGCGACAUCCCAGUCCAAGAGCUGUGGGUAAUCAAAAUUGGAAUGAAAUAGCUAUGAAACGAUUGGAUGAGUUGGGAUUGCUCAAAUUUUUUGAAAAAGCAAGUACUUCUGCUUAAAUUUUCUUUCGCACAAAGUGCAAUCCUUAUUUUUUUUACUUAAGACAACAUUUAUAUUUUUCGCAAACGAUAA